UAGAUGCUCCUCCCCCAGGAGGAUCAAUAUAAGGGACAGAGACUGUCAGGCCUUCUCAGUGGAUCUGGCUGUUUUCUCCUAAGGGCCCGAAAUCUCCUCACCAUGCUCUGGGCUCCCCUCAUCAUCCUACUAGGAACAUGGUGCACAGGUUCCAGCUCGCAGCCUGUGGUGACUCAGCCAUCCUCAGUGUCAGUGUCCCCAGGAAACACCGUGAAACUCUCCUGCACCAUGAGCAGUGGGACCAGCAUCGCUGACUACUAUGUGUCCUGGUACCAGCAGAAACCUGGGAAUUCUCCACGAUACCUGCUGUAUUACUAUUCGGAUUCCAGCAAGGGCCAGGGCUCUGGGGUCCCUGCUCGCUUCUCCGGUUCCAAAGACACAGCCAGUAACGCCGGCUACCUGACCAUCUCCGGGGCCCUCGCGGAGGAUGAGACUGAUUAUUACUGUGCUGUGAUAAAGAGUGGCAGUGCUGUUCGGAUCUUCGGUGGAGGAACCCAGCUGACCGUCCUUGGUCAGCCAAAGGCAUCUCCUACCAUGCACCUCUUCCCUCCAUCCUCGGAAGAGAUAAAAACAAAGAGCAAAGCCACACUGGUGUGUCUGCUGGGCAGCUUUUACCCAGGGUCAGUCCAAGUCACUUGGAAAGCUGAUGGCCAGCCGCUCUCCACUGGAGUGGAGACGACCAAGCCAUCCAAACAGAGUGACAACAAGUUCAUGGCCAGCAGUUACCUGUCUCUGGAUGCAUCAAAGUGGAAGACCCAUGACACCUACACAUGCCAGGUGACACACGAUGGGAAGAACUUUGAGAAGUCCCUGAAGAGCUCAGAUUGUUCUUAACCCUCUGACACCCCCAGAGGGCUUGGCCGGUUCCUGUGUCAGUCUGUAGGGGGUUCCCCAAGGGAGCCAGGAUCUGUCUGUAGCAUUCCCAUAAUGCCGAUUUCCAGCAAAUCUGCUUCCUCUUUUAGGUGGGGCAUUUUACCAAUCCAUAUGACACCUGUCUUUAUUCCCAUGUCCCCACUGCUCUCACCCCCUGCAUUCCCUGGAAUUGUCCUUCCUGCUUUAGUCUAUGAUAAAGCCUUCUUAUGAUAUUAAUAAAAUCAGAAAAAUUUGAUUACUACUGUAUCUGUGAAGAGUUUAACUUCUUCUGUCCCUUUUACAUCUUGUGUAUUAAUUGCAAUAUUCACCUUCUCUUCCAAUAAAAUAAAUUUACCUUUUAUCAGCUAA